AUGCCAGACCAACAUCCAAGAGGAAUAUUGAGGAAUAAAUCAGUGAGUGAGGACAACUCCCAGUCUCCUCCAUUACCAGAUAAAUUGGACAGACAAGAAGUCAUAAAGAAUACAAAGUUGAAUGCGCAAUUGCAUGACGACUCGUCAAAAGGUGAAGAAAUAAGGGCCAAAAUCGCCCAGAAGAAGAAGGAGCAUGGGUUGGGUGAACACGACAAUUUGCCAGACCACUUGAAAUGGGAUGAGGUGAAUAUCUACAAGAAUGAACAGGAAAAGAGCGCAACUAUGAAGAUAGACGAACCGAAAACUCCUUACGAGGGCGGCUUCAAUCCUGAAGGGGAAUACUAUAGAGACGACGAUGAUGAUGAUAAUGAUGAUGGAGAAGGUGGUGACAAUGGUAGUGGCAAGUCAAAAGCAAUUGACGAUGAAAUACCAGCUUUUGAAUUAGGAGAAGGUGAAUACGACAAGUUGCCCCAUGACGUAAGUUCAUCACUUCACGGUGGUGAGGUGUACAAGGAUGAAUCUCAGCCAGACGAAGAAGGUGAGGAAGAGGACCAAUGGAAGGAAGACAAACCAUUGACUGCAGAAGAAAGACACAAGAGAUUCGAAGAGAAGAGAAAACAGCACUAUCAUAUGAAAGCACUUCCUUUAAAACACAAUAUAGAUAUACCAGAUGAGGAUUGA